AUGCCCACGAAUCCCGAGCUCACGCAGGACACUCACAAGAUUAUCACGCUGACACCAAACGUCACCCUUUUUAGAGGUACGCUAGACAAAGAUGUCUUAGUUCACCCAACGGUUCCGCGUCGAGAACAACCAACUGGCGGAAUUUUCUGGGGCGUCAUCUCCAUUGUUGGCAGCGCCAGAAUCGACGUCGAGGGCGCUUUCCAUCUGUGUCGUGUAAAGACACCACCAGUCUGGGACGUACACAUUAAUCGAGAUGUGCAAAACCAUUACAAUCAAAAGAGGCAGAGCCCGUUUACGUAA